AAAACAUCAUGUCUAAAAUAUCCUACUUUAACAUCUCUGCAGAAAGAUUGGAGAUGAAAUAAAGCUCACUGGCCAUGUACGAAGCUAGUGUCCAUACAUAACUCUCCGGCUUAAUAAUACUUUGUAUUAAAGAAAAAUAUCUUACUACUACUACUCGCUACUUUAUUUUGGAGAGGUGAAUUUUAAACAGGAAUUAGAAGAAAAUCAGACACUUGCGAUAAGAGCUGGUUGCUAAAGCAGAUUUCUAUGGCUAAAGCGAGAGGUAAUAUGCCCGGGUUUCAUCUUCGUUUAACUGUACCACUGAAAUGACUGAUGCAAGCUUACUCCUCUCAUGCCAUUGAAGGGAUCACUACACACAUGGGUGUCUUGGACUAUUUAAUGUCAGCUUACAACUUGUGAAAGAAAUUGCCAUGCGCAUUAGUUUCUGCCAGGGCUUGUUAACCGCAGCCAUCAUCCUGAACCUCCUUGUUCUCUACUAUGUGUCACGAGCUCAACAGCAGAUGUUGGAGAAGAGAAAGGAACUAGGCCGGGGCACCAAGAAGGCAUCACUGCAGGGAUCAAGUCUUGGGAGUGACAUGGGCAUAUUGGCAGGGCACACUGGUGCACUGGACAAUCAUGGUCGAAGCCCUCGAGUAACAACACUACUUAGAGAGUUUGAAAACUUUGAAAAUUAUGUUACAGAUGUGGCGAAUUCCUUUAUUCGACAGCGACCUGAACUGCCUUUCCUUGUGGUUGCGGACACUUCUCCUUACCCUCCGCUUGUGCUUCCAGAGGGCACCCGUCUUCUCCUGCUCUCUCCCAGCCCAGAUCAGCCUCCACAGGCUCAUAGGCCCGAGUUCCACAUACAGACAGAGUUUGUCUUCCUGAUUCCCGAUGGUGUUGAGUUGGAGCAGCCUCGAGUGAUAGAAAGACUGAUCCGGGAGUUAGAAGGAGAAGGCGGGGGCCCUGUGAGGCUGGUUGCUGCCCCUGUUUUGACCCGGUCAGCGGUGCAGUGUCUCCACCUGAGGGUGAACCUCAGAGAGUGGACCGCCACCUACUCUCCAGCCGCCUCUGGGAGCAGUGGAAGUGUCUGCACGGCUUUACAAGGUGAUGCUGUAGUCCUAAUGCGCACAGAAGACCUCUUUAAUCUUUCUGUGCCACUUGGACGGCCUCUUUUCUCUGCUCUUUUUAUCCAGACUGCUCUUAGAGGCUGGAAGGUGAAGUUGCUGGAGAGUCCUUGUUUCUCAGCCAGCCACAGACCUCUGUUUAGUUCGGCUCACAAUCAGUGGAAGGCUGACACCCGACUCAAGGAGGCCACUGGGAGGCUCAUGAAGAGUUUUGGGUUAAAACGUCUUCUUCUGCCUGAAGGAAAGGAGCAGUGGUUUGGUUGCAGUAAAGAAACACCACGGUGUUUUGGUACAGUACAGGAGAACACACCAGAGUAUUUAUACCUUGAUCGCUGGACACCACCAUGCUGCCUGAAAGCGCUUCGAGAAACCACUAAGUAUGUAAUUAAUAUUCUCGAGAGCUCAGGAGUGCGGUACUGGUUAGAGGGUGGUACCCUUUUAGGUGCCGUUCGUCAUCAAGACAUUAUUCCGUGGGAUUAUGAUGUGGACCUGGGGAUUUACCUGGAAGAUGUACCUAACUGUGAUCAUCUAAAGAAUUUAGACUCUGGCUCUUUGGUAGAUGCAAAUGGAUAUGUCUGGGAGAGGGCGGUCGAGGGAGACUUUUACAGAGUUCAGUACAGUGAGGCCAAUCACCUCCAUGUUGACCUGUGGCCAUUUUACCCCCGUAAUGGUAUUAUGACAAAAGAUACAUGGACAGAUCACAAGCAAGAUGUGGAGUUUCCGGAGCACUUCCUGCAACCACUGGUGCCCAUGUCUUUUGCUGGUAUCAAUGCUUAUGGACCCAACAACCACCGUGCAUUUUUAGAGCUGAAGUUUGGAGAAGGUGUGAUUGAGAACCCACAGUAUCCUAAUCCAGCCAAGAAAAGAUUAGACAAAAGUAAAUUAUGAAAAAAUUUUUGUCAAAUGACAAAUAUGGACAAAUACGUGUGUAUUGCAGAAGGGAUGUUUAAUGUAUAAUAAUUUAAUAGAACUUUACAGCAAAAACAUUAAACAUUACAAAUAUUUUAACAACAUAAAAGGUUAGAGGGAGUGUUCACCCGGAUCGCAGAUUAAAUUAUAUUGAAAAACAGGUGCUCAACAAGUUUCUUAAAGGGCAAAUACUUCAAAAAGAUUAAAAAAAAAAAAAAAAAAAAAAGGUCUGAGGCACAUUGCCCUGAUGGAGAUGGAGACUGCUUUAUUUACACCAAAGCGUUUCAGCUUUGACAUAAAUAAAGACAGUGGCCGUAGGUUAUUUAUUCUACAGUAAGUUUUGAACAAUUGUUUUGUUUAGGUUUUCCUUGAGCAAUAUGUGUAUGACUGAAAAUUGUCUCAAGAUAUUUCUCUGUAUUGUGAGCCAUCAUAUAAGAUAUACAUUUAAUGUGCAGUGGUAAUGUUCAUCUGUAAAACGUUGAUCCAUCUUCAUGAAAUGAAUCACAGUGGUACACAACGUUCAGCCCCCAAACUGUCUAUCAGUCUAUAGUGCACUAUAAUGUUUAACUUGUUUAAAUAAAACAUUGUGCUAUGUUUUAA